UAAAUUUCCGAAUAAACAACACAAUAGGGGGAGAAAAUAGGCCACCUCUAUCUCUAUGUCCUGUAAACUCUCUCUCUCUCUAUAUAUAUCGGCCAAAGCAAAAAGAUCGGAAAUGACGCCUAAACUUGUUGUUGAUCUCUUUCUGAUUGAUUUAGAAUUUUAGUGCCCAAACCAAUCGGUGGGUUUCUCAUUUUUUUUCAGAUCUCUGAACCAUUUUUCCAGUAUUUACACGACGAGGAAGGGAACAGGCAACGGGGAAAUCUCUCAAACAACAGUUCAACAGCCAAGGUUUCUUUUGGCAUGGAUCCUCCCACAACCAAUGUUGAAGUUGUUCCAGAAAAAGAGACAAUUGAAGAUGGAAAAGAAGGAUGCCCUGCAUUCCACUGUGACCUUUAUGACAUAGAAAUAGUUUACAAGAUAACCCUAGUGUUCCUCCCUGGAUUAGCAGCAGCUUGUGUCGACAACACAACAGGGGGUAUAUUCAGGUCCCCUGCUUCAGUGGCUGUUGAUUUGAGAAAAGAAAUGAUUGAAUAUCUCACCCAACGAAGUGAAAGUUUUGUUGCUGAAACUGUUAUCUUGGAAGAUGGUACAAGUACAGAGGUUUCUGACCCUCCUUAUGAUAUUAUUUCUGAUUUUGUUGAUGACUUUUCAAGUUCAAAGAGAAAUUUCUUUAGUAGAGUUUCAGGAUGGGUGCUAAGUGAAACGAGAGAAGACAAGAUAGAUGAUUUUGUACAAGAGAUGGAAGAAAAUGGGUUUUGGCUGACAGACAGGAGAGAAGUAAUUGCUCAGACUUUGCUUAAGAAUGUUGACUUCAAGAACAUGUUUCACUGUGACAAGAAAUUCAACACAGCUGAAGAGCUGGCUGAGCAUGUUGCAAACUGUGAAUAUAGGUCCAUGAACUGCAACAAUGAAGGGUGUACAGUUGCGUUUUGUGCAAAGCAUAUGGAGAAUCAUGAUUCAACUUGUCCUUUCAAAAUGCUCCCAUGUGAACAGAAGUGCUCAGAUAGCAUCAUGAGACGAGAAAUGGAUCGGCAUUGUAUAACUGUCUGCCCAAUGAAGCUAGUGAAUUGUCCCUUCUAUGCUGUGGGUUGUCAAUCCACUGUACCCCGGUCUAUGAUUAGGAAACAUUGCUUAGAUGAUCUCCAUCUUCACUUGGUAUAUGCUCUUAAAAAUAUUCACAAGGGGGCUACUGAGGAGGAUCUGAAAGAAAGGGUGGAUCAGAUAGUGCAGACAUCUUCUGGUCAGCUAGAAGCAGCCAGAGAUGCAAGAUCUCUAACCCUCAGAGUCAAGGAUCUUGAUGCAAAGCUUGGGCCGCUAAAAGUUAGUACUGUCAAAAAAGUUAGUGAAGACCCCACAGAGGCUGCAAACAAGUCAAUUGAAGAAUCACCUGAGGACGGAAAUGGUGGUGUUGAAAAAUCAAUCAACACCAUAAACAAUGUCAGUGAAGAGUCCACUGAGGCUGCAAAUCACAUUAAAGACAGAUCCUUUGAGGCUGCAACUGACAUGGCUGACAAAUCCAGCGAUGCUACAAACAAGUCAAUUGAAGAAUCACCUGAGGAUGGAAAUGGUGGUGUUGAAAAAUCAAUCAACACCAUAGACAAUGUCGGUGAAGAGUCCACAGGGGCUGCGAAUCACAUUAAGGACAAAUCCAUUGAGGCUGCAACUGACAUGGCUGACAAAUCCAGCGAUGCUAUAAACAAGGCAAUUGAGGCAUCAUCUGAGGCUGGAGAUGAUGGUGCUGAAAAAUCAACCAACACCAUCAACAAGGUUGGUGAAGAGUCCAUUGAGACUGGAAAUUCAACAGCUCAUGCCUCAGAAGAAGCUAAAAACUAAACGUCAGCAUAAUUCACUUGGAUUUCUUGGCAGAACCUACUGGUGAAAUGUUGGAAAUCUUAUCCAACAGGAAGCUCAAUCAUGCAACUUCUUAGGUGCUCAAACACUUGUUCCUCCUUAGCACUUUUUGGCUUAAGAAGUUGGAUAUUCUUCAUCUUUUUUAACCGUUUUUUAUUAAAUUAUUUUUUAUACCCUUUUUAUUAAACUAUAUACUUGUAUUUGUCCCUGUGAAGCAAUGAAUUUUCUGACAUCAAUUAAUGUAAGGUAUAUUUACACCAGAA